GAACGAACUAAAAAUUCCCAUUUACGAUCGACCAGCAAUGCAGCCGGCUAUUACCUCUAUGUAUGGCUAUUACCUCUAUGAGCCCAACUUGAACAAAGCAGCUUACUUCAGCUCCAAACCAACCGAAUGACCCGGCAUUGCGGCACAUGUAAGGGUUACCAACCUUGGGUAGUAUGUACCUUAGGUACCUGUUAGUUAGGUACCUAGGUACUUAUGUUAAGUUAAGUACGUCAACUGUAACAAAGCAUCUCGUAGGCCACAUGGUAAAGCAAAGGGGCCCUUCCCGCAGGGUCUGGUUUGGUUGUAUUUUACGAAGCAGUGGAGGAAUUGAACCGAACGAGCUAGGUUAAGACCACGAGCUGUGCUGCUGCGCUAAGCAAGGCGGAGCUGAGUCCCUCUGGAGAAUACCGCAUCUUCGCUCCUAAUUCGUGUCGAUCACUUCGUAUUGAAAGCCUCCCGAGCAGGAAUCCCGAGUGGGCGGGUUAUCCGCAAACAACGUGCUGGAUAUUGUGACGGGCGAUGCCAUGGCUAGCUGCGUUUGUCUUUCUUUUUCUCAAAGGGGGCGAGGGGUUGCUGUGAGAUAUAAAAGACGAUGGUUGCCCGGCUGGUUGGUAGAUAUUUUGGUCUCCUAAGUAACAAGAGAAUUACGUUCAUCUGUACAAAGUCGAGUCAUCAUAAUUCCUAAUACAUCCUCUCUCUACCUUUUUACUUAAACAACAACAACAAAAUCAACCCCAUCAUCCAAAAUGGUUUCCAUCAAGUCCCUUCUCGCUACUGCCCUUGCGGCCCUCCCUCUUUCAUCCGCCUACAUCACCAACAUCGCGGCUCCCGCCUCGGCUAAAGCCGGAUCGACCGUCUCCGUGACGCUCACAGCCGCCAUCUACAUCCAGAACUGGGAUGACUUCGGCAUCGUGUGGGGUCUAGCACCCGAGGACUGGAACUGCGGCGAGACCGUCUGCGUCGGCCAGCGCGUCUCCUACACCUCUCUGUUCCCUGACAACGUGCCUCAGCCCGGCAAGUUCACCAUCGACGUCCCCAUCCCGGAGUCUUUCACCGCUGGUGACUACAAGCUCGUUGCCGCGAUCCCGUAUCUCGUCGGCGCUUCUGGCAUGACUCAGAUCCAGAGCCACAGUGCCAACAUCACCAUCGAGGCUGCGUAAGGCGAUGAUAUCCAAGCUGCUUAGGAGUUGGGUGCUGGCAUAUUUUCUUACCGGUAUGCAUGGAAAGUUUUCGGAAAGCUAGACCAUCAUGACGAUUCUGCAAGGAAUCAGCUACGAAUUUGCAUAGCAUGUGCGCGUACAUGCACAGGCGUUGAGAGUACAGAAACGAUUGUAAUUUGGGUUUGCAUUGCAUUGCAUUUCAGCCAUAGCAUGAAUUUAUCAUUGUAAACAUUGAU